GACGCGUGGAAGGACGUCGACAUCGACAGCCUGUUAGAAAUUAAACGCCCAUCACUAUUGCUCUUUCAAAAAAUUUCCUUGUAUAUAGCAAGUCAAUCAAAUGUUAAAACUAAAACUUUGUUUGAGAAAAAAAUAAUUGAAGUCAAAACAUUUUACUAGGUUGUGCUUAGUUACAAUUUAUUUGCUUCAUUAAUUAAUAUUACCGUGCAAUUGUGUUGGAGCUGUGUUAAAUCAUGCGAUAUCAACAUUUGUUACGACUGUUUAUAUAUUUGUGUCUAUGUAUGCAAACAUUGGUUCAAGCGAAAAAACAAAAAACCAAUCUCAUAACACAAACCAAUGAUAUAAAGGAGUUCAAAAAGUUACUAAGAACCAAAACAAAUGUAUUGGUUUUAUUUGUUAAUGAACCAAAAACAUCUCAAGCUAUUGUGGAUGUUUUCAAAGAGACUGCAGAUGCGAUGAAAGGAAAAGCAACUUUAGUGUCCAUUGAUUGUAGCAACAGCGAUGGUAAAAAACUAUGCAAAAAGUUAAAAGUUAGUAAUGAAAAACCAUAUCAUAUCAAACAUUAUAAAGAUGGCGAAUACCACAAAGAUUAUGACAGGGGUGAGACUGUGUCUGCCUUUUGCAACUUCCUGCGUGAUCCUACAGGUGACUUGCCUUGGGAGGAAGAUCCUAAAGCAACAGAUAUAUUUCAUCUCCAAGAUGGCGAGGCAUUAACAAAAUUCUUGAAGAAGGGUAUGGCAUCUUAUAAGAGAUCUUUGAUUAUGUUCUAUGCACCUUGGUGUGGGUACUGCAAAACAUUGAAACCUGAGUAUGUUGCUGCCGCUGCAGAUUUAAAGGGUGAAGCAUUGCUCGCAGCUAUUGAUGUUGCUAAGCCAGGAAACUCGAGAAUAAGGCAGCAAUACAAUAUUACAGGAUUUCCCACCCUUCUAUAUUAUGAGAAGGGUCAGUUUAGAUUCCCAUAUAAUGGUGACAAUAAACAUCAAGCAAUUGUUGAUUUCAUGAGAGACCCACACUCACAAGUACAUCAAAAGAAAAGUGAGGUGGACGAUGAAAGUUGGUCACAGGAUUCGGAUGUAGUGCAUUUAACAGCUGACAGUUUCGACAGUGUAUUGGCGAAUGUUGAACAUGCUUUAGUAGUCUUUUACGCCCCCUGGUGUGGACAUUGCAAAAGAAUUAAACCGGAGUUUGAGAAAGCAGCGGCUAGGAUAAAUAUCGAAAAUAUCCCAGGUCUUUUAGCAGCCGUAGACGCGACUGUAGAAUCAGGAUUGGCUGCGCGUUUCGGUGUUAAAGGUUAUCCAACUCUGAAGUAUUUCAACAAGGGUCAAUACAAAUACGACGCCGGUCAUGCCAGACAAGAGGAACAAAUUGUGGACUUCAUCAAGAAUCCUCAAGAGCCGCCACCACCACCUCCGCCAGAAAAGCCCUGGUCUGAAGAGGAAGGCCAAGUUAGACAUCUCAGUGAAUCAACAUUCAAAAAUACACUCCGGAAGGUCAAACAUGCAAUAAUAAUGUUCUAUGCACCAUGGUGCGGACACUGCAAGAGUACUAAACCUGAAUUCUCCGAAGCAGCGGAAACAUUUGCUGAUGAAUUAUCAGUUGUUUUUGGUGCUGUUGACUGUACAACUGAACAACAGCUGUGUUCUAAUUACAAAGUGCGAGGAUAUCCUACAUUAAAAUACUUCAGUUACUUCAAUAAACUUGUUGAAGAGUACAGUGGAGGACGGAAGAAAGAAGAUUUUAUAACAUUUAUAAACAGUCAACGGGGCAAGCAUGAGGCUCCGCAGAAACAAAUGACAAGCCAGGAGGCCGGCUUUGGUGUUAAUGUUCAGAUGAUCAAUGAUGAUGACUUCCAUACCAUUAUAGCAUCCAAAACCCCCACAUUUAUCAUGUUUUAUGCUACAUGGUGCGGUCAUUGCUCUACAGUGAAGCCGGUGUACAGUCGACUUGCGACUAAAAUGAAGUCAAUCGGUGGACCUGUCCUUGUCGCAGCUGUGGAAGCCUCUGAUAAUCCUAAAGUCGCAGACUACGCGAAGAUAGAAACAUUGCCAACAUUCAAAAUAUACUCCAAUGGUAAUUUAUUAGCUGAUUAUGAUGGAGAUAGAUCCGCAGAAGACUUUGAAAGAUUCUGUAUGUCGCAUGCUAAAAGGAAAGAUGAACUGUGAUUUAAAUUCUAAUUGUGUAUCGUAUCUGGUUUGAGUUGGCACGUGGUCCAAAAGGAUUUACUUAAUACCAACGUGCCAAAUCAAUCUGAUACUAUAAAGCGUCUUGCAAUCUGAUGUUUUACUGUCAAAUUAUUGGUCAAUUAGUAAAUAGUUUAAACAUGUUUGUUCUCCUUUCGAUACGUUUAAUUCGGUAUUUUUUUUUAUUUAGGUACUUAAUAUUCGUAUUUUUUUUGUAUUUGAAAGUAAAAACUCAUGAUUUAAUGUUACGUUAAUAAUUAUCAUCACAAUAUAAAUAGCUUUAGAUUUAUUAAAAUGCGUAAUCUUAGUCAAUAUUAUUGA